AGAGAGUGAGUCGAGUGAUUGCAGUUAUGUAGUAACUGGUAGCAAUUGUUUGUUGACUGACUGUGUUGGGUACAAAUUUCAUUUUAAACGGAAUUACUGCAGCGAACACGCAGUUUGACGAACAAUAUGGGAUCAAUGUUGAUGAAGCAGAGGUAAAGUAACCUUUAUUUCUCUAUACUCAUGGCAAAUUUGAUUACUUAUCGAGAAAACAACACCGCGAUGUUGAUGGUAGAGGCACACCAGCGCGCUAGUAUUAUUGGGUCGAAAACAACAACAGCAGCAACAACAAGCCGCGGCGGCGACGGAGCGUCCCCCGUGAGUGAACCCUCUUCAUCUUUAAUUCAUAUUAACACCGCGCAUUUUCAGCAACACUUGCCUCUCGCCCUCCACCACAACCUACAAACACAACAACAACCACAUCAACACUAUGCCGAGGAAAACAACGCGGACGAGUUGCUGAGAAAAUCCUCCACAACUACCUUAUCCCGCGUACACGAAGAAGCUGCUGUAAAUACUAGCAUUACCGGUACUACGACUACUACCACUACUAGCAAUGAGGGGAGUGACGAUGUACGGAAAUGUGGCUACUUGAGAAAGCAAAAACACGGUCACAAGAGAUUCUUUGUGCUGCGGGAACCAAGCCAGCUGGGUCCUUCCCGGCUGGAGUACUAUGACAGUGAAAAGAAAUUUCGAAAUUGCUCCCGGUCUGCCUCUUGCCCCCCUAAGAGAGUGAUUCCUCUGUACCAGUGCUUUACUGUAAACAGGAGGGCCGAUGCCAAGAAUAAAUACCUAAUUGCACUGUAUACUAAAGAUGAGUGUUUUGCUAUGGUCGCUGAGAAUGAGCAUGAACAGGAAAGCUGGUACCUGGCAAUAAGUGACUUAAUGAGUGAAGGGAAAAAGGGGGGGCUUGAUUCAGAUGAGCUGGAUGACGGCUACGGCACCGUCACACCUGGGACUGUAUUUAAAGAAGUGUGGCAGGUGAAUGUGAAGCCCAAGGGACUGGGGCACACUAAAAACCUGACUGGAGUGUACAGGCUGUGUCUCUCCAGCAAGACCAUUCACUUGAUUAAGCUCAACUCUGACACCCCCUGUGUGAACUUGCAGCUGAUGAACAUCAGGCGGUGCGGGCAUUCUGAGAGCUUCUUCUUCAUUGAGGUGGGUCGCUCUUCUUCCAUUGGGCCUGGGGAGAUCUGGAUGCAGGUGGAUGACUCUGUGGUGGCUCAGAACAUGCAUGAGACCAUCCUGGAAACCAUGAAAGCCCUCAAAGCUUUUGCUGAGUUUAGGCCAAGGAGCAAAAGCCAGUCCUCUGGCAGCAAUCCCAUUGCUUUCAUUACCACCCGCCGGCACCUGGGCAACCUUCCCCCCAGCCAGACCGGCUUGCAGAGGCGGGCCAGGACUGAGAGCAUGGCUGGCACACCCCCUACAAGCAAAAGUGGGGGCUACCGCUUCCGGACCUCCAGCGAAGGGGAGGGCACCAUGGCCAGGCCUUUUAAGUCUGUUACUGGGAGCUUAAUCCACCUGAACACUGCCAGGAUAAACCUGGGCAAGCAGGAGGGCAGCGGGAGGUACGUAAAGGCACCCCCUGGAUCCGCCUACCACACACGCUCGGCCUCCCUGCCCGUGUCUCACUUUCCCUCUACCACCAGCCCUGUCAGCGUUUCUUCAAGCAGUGGCCACGGAUCAGCUUCUGACACCCUGACCCGCCCCUCCAGUGCCUCAGUAUGUGGAUCUCCAAGUGACGGGGGGUUUAUUUCAUCUGACGAGUACGGCUCCAGCCCUGGCGACUUCCGAUAUUUCAGGGUUAGAAGCAAUACCCCUGAUUCCCUAGGGAACACCCCACCUAUCCGGGAGGAAAACUGUUUGAAUGAGUACAUGUCUAUGGAUAAGCACGCUAAUGGGAGGAGCAGCAGCUGUUACAGUAGCCAGGACGAUGGCUUGAGGGAUGAGUACAUUGACACAGAGAAAUGCUUCAGGAAAAGAACUCACUCACUCACCAAGCCAGGCGCUGCCACAGUGUACCUGAAAAUGGCACAGACCACCUCCUCAUUGUAUGAACCCGGUGCAGAUGCCAACCCCUUGGGUAGCCACAGCCAUCUGUUGUACUCUGCCUCCCCUAAAUCCAGUUACCCCUAUCCAGAGGAUUAUUGUGAAGCUAAGCUUCCCAUGCAUUCCAUCAUCCAGCGGCAGGGUGCAACUAAGGAUGAUGGCUACAUGCCAAUGAUGCCUGGUGUGGCCCCCUCCUCCCAAGCAGAUUAUAUGCCUAUGCAUCCUAAAAACAACACUGACCCCAAACAGAUUGUCCACCCCAGGUCUGCACCUCAUGUGGACUCCAGGGGCUAUAUGAUGAUGCAGCCCAGUGUAAGUUGCUCACCUGUGCAAAACUGCUUGGGAGGCUUGCAGGGCAGCAGUGACCAGUUUCCCAAUGGCGAGUAUAUGGACAUGUCCCAGAGCAACAGCACCCGAUGCAAGCUGUCCAGCAACUACUGUUAUGGUCAGACUACGCCUGAUCUCCUUAAGUCCUACAGCUCUUACUUCUCUUUGCCUAGAUCAUACAAGGCUCCUGCCCAGGAAAACGGCAAGGACAAUGAAUAUGUCCCCAUGUGCUCUCCUGGCAAGCCUGUCAAUGCUGGACCUGAGUACAGCAGCACAUGUACUGGUAGCAGCAGCAUCACCUGUACAAACAGGGGGCACAGUAGUCACACACCCACCUGUCUCAGCCUGCAAAAUGGGAAUGGGGAAGUGUGCAGACCAAACCGAAGAGCGGUGAGACCCACCAGACUGUCCCUGGGCAGCCGUAGUAGCAACACAGUACCCCGAACUUCCGAACGAGCCCUGCCACCUGAGCCCCACAGCCCAGGAGAGUAUAUUAACAUCGAUUUUAGAGAGAAGGCCAUUCACACACCGUACUGCCUGUCUGCAGAGGGGUCUCCUCCUUCCCUGGGCUCCAGAAGCGACCACAGGCGGCCCCCGAAAAAUGACUACAUGAGCCUGGAUUUGGACGCUCAGUCGCCCAAAACAGCUGAUAUGUCUCUAGCAUGCUUUGCCACCAGAAUGGCGCUGACCUCCUCUUCCAUUGUAGAUGCUCCCAGAAGCCAGCCCAGUAGUGAUUAUGCUCAGAUGGCUCUUGGGGACACACCUGUCACUGGUGGAGCAGGACGGACUGAUGAUUACACAGAAAUGGCGUUUAACCUUGCACUGACCCCACCACGGUCAGGAACCCCACAGGUGCCAGACAGCCUUGAAGCAGUGAGCCCAUCUUCAGUUGUGAAGCGGCUCUGUAUUGUUGAACGGUUCCUUGGGCAGAGCAGCUUUUCAAUCACCCCCCCUCCUCCUUCUUCAGCGCCCCACUUUGAACCCAAGGUGAUCCGUGCUGACCCCCAGGGCAGGCGGCGGCACAGCUCGGAGACCUUUUCCUCCGCACCCAGCAGCUCGGCAAGUAUCUCCCCCUCCAGCACCCUCCUGACUGACAGCAGCAAGCGGCACAGUUCCGCCUCCUUCGACAACGUCUGGCUUCGACUGGAGGAGGGACCCGACACCAGUGCAGGGGGUGAGUGCAGCGGCCAGGACGGCAGUGGGAAGAUGUGCAGGAACACCUCGGCUGGCUAUCAGAAUGGCCUCAACUACGUCGCCUUGGACCUGAGGGAGGACCCGAGGAGCUGCGAGCCCCCUACACUACCCACCUCCCCCUCCCCGCCUCCUCCUGCUGAGAACAGAGCCUACGCCAGCAUAAACUUCUCCAAGUCGGACAGAAUGAAGGGUGCGCCGAAAGCAGACUGAAAUCAACGAGAUGAAGGAAUUCACAGCAUCUGGAACAGCCAAGAAUCAAAUGCAAGACAAGUUGCCUCACUUCCCCAGCAAACGGGAGGACAAAACUUUUUUUUGUAUCUUUUGUACCCCCUGGAAGCAUCAGCAUCAUCACAACUACAACUGUUUAAACUGAACCGGAUAUCAAAAAAAAAUAAAUAAACACUACUCAUUGAAGCAAGUUUGCUGACUUAUUUGACCAGAGGUUUGAAGUUAGUCAUGCAAAUUUUGUUGGUUUUGCUGACCACAAUCAAAAUUCAGACCACUAGCUAUGACAGUGUGUGUCAAUUUGACAAGGUUUAAAAAACAGGUCUGUCAACUUUCAUUCUAGGGCUAUGCACCUAAAUCAGUGUCCCUGUCUAACACAUGACUCCUGCUGUCUCUAUUACUAUAGUCCAAGGAUGCUUGAGGCUGAGAGGACGUUGGGAGCUUCUGUAACCAAUUAGCAGGCUCAGGUGCAGCAUGCCCUGCAUUCCUGAAGCUCUGGGCUAAGGGACAGCAGCCAGUAAAGGGGGCUGGGUAGAGGGGUUCUAUACUUGGCCUUGUAAAAUUCACCAUCAGCUGAAAUGUGUUACUCUAUCCUGCUUUGAGCGUGUGCCACCUUGAGCUAGGAGCUACCCAAAAACAGAGCUCCAAAAGAGCAGAUGUUGGGCCAUGCUCCCAUGACAUAAUAGCAAGCAACGCAUCACACUACAUUUACACAAAGUAUGUGAAUGCUAAUUAAAAGUAUAAUGAAGAAAUGAGCUGCUGCUGCAGAAACUUCCAUACCUCAUGUUAAAGUAGCUAACAGGAGCCUUGGUCAUAUAAAUAGCUUAAUUAUCAGAAAGACUCAAUCACUGGAGCUUUAACAGCAGAAGUCAACAGUUAAACUGGGGUGUCACUGUGUACUGAUUCUGGAAAAUAUGUUUUCAGUACAAUUCCAGCUGAAUGCACCAUUCACUAGCAUCCUAACAAUGUCAUUAGUUAUACAGGCUGCUGGCAAAAAUAUAUUAAAGUCCUUGUCCUACAGCAAACAUUGCGUAAAGCUUUAAAACGUUACCUCUCAUACACUUUUUCUGAUCGUUCUUUCAACAGCAAAUGAGUCUCAACAUUUUUUUACCAUGCUUUUUAGUGCAAAACACUGCAUAAGCUUAUAUUAGAAAGUGUGGAUAAGCCACUUUUAUUUACCAAAAUACUUUAUCUAGAUGGAAAUAGCAUAUCAAACCAUUCAACAUAAUUAACAGGAUUAACCCUUUAUUACAAAACAAAGAUGAGUGAAUCCUUAUUUACAAGGGAAGGUUAUAGUUUUUGUUUACAGAAGCAUGCUUGAUGUCAUUCAUAACGUUAUAAAUAUGUUACACAUUCAGAAGUAAAAGUGAUCAGAAACCAGGUUUAAGAAAACAACCCCUUCAUGUACAACUGCACAAGUCUUAUUGUGUUCUUCAGAAUAUUAGUACAAGUAUCAUAGUGGAAAAAAAUAAUACGCAGGGCUAGAAAUGUAAUUUCUUAAAAUCAAUAAAACUGGCUCUAGGGGGUAUUUAAGUUUGUUUUCAUACAUAAAGAUCCUGUUUGUUUUUGUAGUGUGGGUGAAUUGGAACUCCCAGAGCAGUGGCGUUGCAGUUGUACAGCUGUGUGGUGGAAGGGGGUCUCAGUCCCGCUCCCUAGGGGCAGGCACGGGUAUUCACAUUUUUAUUUGGACCGAGGUUAAAAGGCAGAGGCUGGGAUUUCUAGCCAGCACAUUCUUAGGAAAAGAACUGACAGGUUUCCUUUGCAAAAUAUGUCAUUUCUUGUUAAUGCGCCUGUGAUCAUUAUAAAAAAAAAAAACAAGUAAACGCAUACAAGCGAGAAACACACAGCCUCCAGACAGAGUCAUAUUUAUAAUCAGUACAUUCCCACAUGCACACACAGACUAGGGGCAGGUUGAACUGGAAAAUGAUCGGGAUCACUGCUGUUUUAAAACAAACAAAACAAUCACAAUUGCUGCAGGGUGAUUAAUUCUGGCUGCACACAAUCAUCUGUGAGUUUAUGGAAGGUAUAUGCAAGUUAAUGCUGGCUUGGUAUUCAGUAAUUGUGUUUUGCUGUUAAAAUAAAUAAAUAAAUAAGUAGAAGUCUACACAAUGAGUACUACAGUAGUUAUCCACCUACCUCCCACAAAAAACAAACACUCAAAAGCAUUCUUGGUGACUGAACUGUGGCUUCUAUGCUUUUUCAAGACCUCUUUGUUUGACCUCAGAGAUAAAGAAUUGAACAACAUACAGGAACACAUCUGCCUCUUAAGUACCAGGCACCACUUAAUGCAAGAUGGGGCUCGCGUGGCACACAGAAUGAUGAAGGGUAGUCCAGCCGAAAUGGACGCUUCAAACAUUUGCUCAUGAUAACGUCUGUUUGCAGGGAGAUCUGCAAACACAACAACGAAGGACACAAGGCAAACAAGCUCGAUAGCAAAAGGUUUGCAUAGCAUGCGUAGACAAUUUUUUGAUAACUGCUAUGCAAAAUAAACUUGUAUUUUGUAUAAAAAGGACAGCAUCGUAUCUGAACUGCCAUGCUCUUUUUAAGUGGCGACAGUAUUGUGUUUUGUAGUAUGGGUGAUUUCAAAAUGGGGUAAUGUUGUAAUUUGUGGAUUAUGACACUCGUCCCAAAUGCAGUGUAUCUAUGAUGGGGUUUUAUGAACUAGCUUUUUUUCUGAUAGGACUACAGAGGGACUAACAAGCUUUACUUUGGGUAUACCCACAACCAGACAUCAAGAAAUAAUCAGAUGUGAAAUAAUGUGGGUCAAGGCAGACAGAGGGUGAACAUGCCAGCGGUACACAAGUUUGUCAGCAGCUGAACACCAAAUCCAAGACUAUGGUUAAUGGUACGCACAAUAAAUGGUUUGAAGACCAACUUUAAAUCAUUUACAAUUCGUGGUACUGAAAAUGCACACUUUGACCUAUACAUUAAGCCUAGUACUAGACAGAUUCUAUUAUUGAAGCAGUGAAAGUCUAGUGUAACUUCUCACUUUAGCUUUGUAGCUGAAGGUGAUCUAAUGGAAAUUAAACAAUGGUUAUUGUACAUGACUGGGAGAUAUAGAAAGAAAUGGAAAGGGUAUUGAUUUAAAAUGAAGCAGCUGCUCUGGAGGCUUGAUAUAAUUUGUUCAGCCCUUGCCCGGCCUUUGAGUAAAAUACAUUGCAAUAGACAGAUCUGUAUGUGUCAACCUAGACGUUGCAAAGGCUUUUUAUUUUGGUGGGUUCUGUUAUGGUACACCAAAUCUUGUUUUAAAAAGUCUUUAUUAGAGAGUUACACAUCGGGUGAGGGAUUUUUUUUUUUUCCCCCCACUUUGUUACAUAUUUAACUUUUUUGCAUUAAAUGAUGGUGUCUAUUUGUAAACUAAACUUUAAAAAGCUGCCAUUGGGAUAAAGCACUGAUUUAGUUGAAAAUAAAUAAAUAAAAUAACCUCAAACUACUACAACUACAAAGGCUUACAGGUACAGCAUAAAAGAAUAUGCAAUCAUUUUUGUUAUUAAUCUGCGUCUCGUUUACAGAGCAAAAACUACUUUGUUUCAGUAUUGUGCCGAAUGGGUAUUUAAGAGUACAAUAAUAAAAAACAUAACAUGUUACUAAUGAAAAAAAAAAAAAAAAGGUUUGCAGGUUUAUAAUCCUUCGGAUGUUGUUUUUUAUUAUUUUAUUUGCUGCUGUAUAGUAUAAAUAACGAAUGAUGAUAAUGAUGAAUGGAAGACUUUGUAUGUUUCUUGUACAGUAAAUUUCAUUUAUAAAUGGACAAUGUUAUUUAGACUGUGCAGAUGGAAGUGUACACUGAUGACAGCUGUUCAUUAGAUUUGCUAUUUCUGCCACAAGGGUCGGUUUUAAAGAGAUGAAACGUGAGCUGUUUGUCUGGCUGUGUCUUCCACUGUACAUAUUGCUGCAAUGUUUCAUGUUAAUUACGCCCUUGUUGGCAUUGUUGUUUUCUUUUGGGAGACUGGCUUUGGAGCUCUGUAUAGUGUUUAUUUAAAAAAAAAAAUCACUUUUUUUUUGCUUUCCAUAGAGCUACUUGCAAUAAAAUGUGUUAAUGUA